AGAGCUUCUAUGAAAGCCGAGUUAGGAAAAACUGGUAAAAUGUAAAAUCGGUCCUCCGACGUUGAAGGCCCGGCAAUUCACCCCUCUUCUCCGCUUUUCCCGGUUCCACAGUAGUACCAUUUUUCUUCAAUUAAAUAUACAAACGAAAAAAGGUCAAACAAAACUACCUUUUUUUUAUCUUUCCGCCUAUAUAACUUCCAUCUCUCUCAUUUUCUUCUCCUCCCCCUUUUCCUCUUCUUUCUCUCUUUCAAGUUAACAUCUCUUAUUGAGCAACAUUUUUCUUAAAGCUACUUUUGAUUUCUAUUCCAUGGAGAAAGAUUACUUCAUGAAUGGUGGAAUUACUAAUCCGCCCCUUCAAUUCGAACCCACUAUGACAUUCCCUUCUAACUGGAAUUCCCUACAUUCAGGGCAGUCUUCUGAUUUUUUCCUCAACCCCAAUUGGGAUCACGACUCUACACAUCAAUUUGACUCAACUUUGAACUCAAUAGUGUCUUCUUCCCCUGCUGAAUUAAUUGGUAAAGUGACCACAGUUUGCAGCUCCCCUCAACCGCCAUUCAACAAUAAUAAUACUAAUAAUUCAUGUUACACUACACCGAAAUUACAAAUGCCCAAUUUGGGAAAUUCACUUCCUUUAAAUCCUCCUCCUGUUCCAUUGCCUGCUGUCUCUGCUGAUCCUGGUUUUGCCCAAAGAGCUGCUAAAUUUUCUUGUUUUGGUAGCCGUAGUUUUAACGGUAGAACAAGUCCAUGGGGGGAAUUGACACAUAGAUAUGCUCAACAAUUGGGGAAUGGAAAGUUGCCUAGAGUUUCGAGUAGCCCUUCUUUGAAGCAAGCUGGAUCCCCUUUGCAAAUCAAGAAUUCGGGCCAAACAAGGAUGGAAUUGAUGUCUACAAAUUUGUGCAGGCCUGUCACUAAUUCUAAUGAGCCUGUUUCUGAGCCAAGUGGAGAAACAGGGCCAAAAACUCCAACUGAAUUGAAUUCUACUAGAAAAAGAAAAACAGCUUCAAGAGGGAAAACAAAAGAAGAUGCCCCUGCAAAUGGAAACAUGGGAGGUGAAGGUGAUGAUAAUGCAAGAACAAAGCGAUGUAAACAAGUAGAAGGUAAUGAGACAGAAACUGGAACAGUUAACAUGGAGGAAACAAAGGGCAAUGAAGGUGAUGAAACUCAAAAUCAAACUAUAGAAAAUCAAAAGCCUCCUGAGCCACCAAAGGACUAUAUUCAUGUUAGAGCAAGGAGAGGACAAGCUACUGAUAGCCAUAGUCUAGCUGAAAGAGUCCGACGAGAGAAGAUUAGUGAAAGAAUGAAGCUUUUACAAGAUCUUGUACCAGGCUGUAAUAAGGUGACAGGAAAAGCAUUAAUGCUUGACGAAAUUAUAAAUUAUGUACAGUCACUGCAACGACAAGUCGAGUUCCUAUCCAUGAAGUUGGCUUCAGUGAACCCAAGUUUGGAUUUUCCAGCAGAAAAUCUUCUUCCAAAGGAUAUAUGUCAACCAAAUGGCUCUCUGCCCCAACCUGUUUUCCCAGUAGAUUACCAACAACCCCGGCAACAACUUUCCAGUGAUAUUCCUAAUGGGGUACUAAGCCAAUGCUCGGCGAACACGUUAGAUAACUCACUGUUUCGCACUCUAGGAAUGCAAUUGCCUUCCCUAGAUGGACUUGGUCAAUAUCUUAAUCAGUUCCCUACAAUGUGCGAGGAUGACCUGCAAAGCAUUGUGCAGAUGGGAUUUACCCAAAAUCCCAACAAGGAUCUGACAUUGCAGUCACAAAGUUUUCCUGGGCCUCAUCAAACGUCUCACAUNAUUUAG